ACAUGUCCUCCUUUGAAGACGCAGACACAGAAGAGACCGUCACUUGUCUCCAGGUGACUGUUUAUCAUCCUGGCCAGCUGCAAAGUGGAAUAUUUAAAUCAAUAAGGUUUUGCAACAAAGAGAAGUUUCCUUCUAUUGAAGAGGUGAAAUUUGGACGGAAUUCCAACAUCUGUCGGUAUACUUUUCAGGACAAACAGGUUUCCCGAGUUCAGUUUGCUUUACAGCCAUUUAAACAGUUCAACAGCUCUGUCCUCUCGUUUGAAAUCAAGAACAUGAGUAAGAAGACCUGUUUGAUGGUAGACAAUCAGGAGCUUGGCUACCUCAAUAAAAUGGACUUGCCUUACAAGUGCCUGCUCAGGUUUGGAGAGUACCAGUUCCUCUUGGAGAAGGAAGAUGGAGAGUCAGUGGAAUCUUUUGAGACUCAGUUUAUCUUGUCUCCAAGACCACUCUUGCAAGAAAACAACUGGCCAACACAGAGUCCUAUACCCGAGGAUGGGGGUUAUUCAUCCUAUUUCACCCACAGGACUUCUCCUACAGAAAUGGAUGAAAAUGAAUUGUGAACAGAGUCCAAGCGGAGAAACAUGAAGGAUGAGGACACGUAUGUGGACCCUUGAGAGACAUUCUACUUCCUAAGAGUCAAUGAGUGUAGUGCAUGCUGACUUUGGAUUAAGUAACAGCAUCUGGAAAUCUGUGUUUGUCGUCAACUUAGUCAGCUAAGCAUUCAGAAUCUACAAAGAAUUAAGUGAACAUCUGUAAGGGAUAGUGUAUAAGCAUGUCUUCUGUGUAAUGUUAUUCUUGUUCCUUUUUCUGCUUGAUGGUACACCCAUGCUUUGUUCUGGUAACAACCAUCUCCUGGUUUGGUCACAUCAUUUCAUGGCAGCAUUUUCUUUUCAGGUUCAAAACCAGGGCAGAUUGUUUGCUGGUGCCUGUGGCAUGUUAAUACUUGUAGAGUUACAGUCCUGGAAUGAGCUCUUGCGUACCAUCUGA